GAGAGCUGUGACAAGAUAAAAAAUAUAGGGGAGAUAAAGUACCAAUCAAAUAUGAUUAACCGGAAAGCUGUUUUGGUGCUAUGUAGCCUCACUGCCUGUCUGCAUGCGGAUGUAGAGGUCAUGAAAGAUGUCACUCUUGGAUUUGGAGAAGCGCUACAGCACUGCAGAGAGGAAAGUCAGCUGUCGGAGGACAAGAUGGAAGAGUUCUUUCAUUUCUGGCGCGACGACUUUAAGUUCGAGGACCGCGAGCUGGGCUGCGCCAUCAAGUGCAUGAGCGCGCACUUCAAUCUGCUCACCGACUCGCACCGCAUGCACCACGAGAACACCGACAAGUUUAUCAAGUCCUUCCCGAAUGGCGAGGUGCUGUCGCAGCAGAUGGUGCAGCUGAUCCACGAGUGCGAGCAGCAGCACGACGCGGAGGCCGAGCACUGCUGGCGCAUCCUGCGCGUGGCCGAGUGCUUCAAGCUGGGCUGCCAGCGACGAGGCAUCGCGCCCACCAUGGAGCUGCUGAUGGCCGAGUUCAUCAUGGAGGCGGAGGCGCGCUGAGCGGAGUCCGCGCCGCCGCGACCCGCUCCCUGCACUACCUGACAAAACCGCAUCACACACUUCGCAGAAAUAGUACAUUACCGCAGCGGCCAGCAAACGAGGCGUCGAUGGACGAACGUGUACCUAAUAUAUGUACAUACGUAAUCCCAUCAAUGCCUAGUUGUGGCCGAGGCUUGUAAGUUGUAUAUAUUUCUCAAAACUAAUUUUGUCACAUACUUCAACAAUUCUUUUCCAAAAUAAAUAAUGA